CCCCCUCCACCCGAUCCCGAGGAGGAAGGCUUGUUAGAGGGUUGUUAGAGUCGCGGUCACCUGCAGGCAAAGAAAGCACCAUGAUCCGUACCGUGUUCUCUCGGACCCUCCCCGGACUGAGCCGUACACCCGUGUGUCACUACUCUGCGGCCGCCAUCCCUGCACCCAACACCCAGCCGGAGGUCCACUAUAACAAGCUCUUUAUCAACAACCAGUGGCACGAUGCGACGAGUGGGAAAACCUUCCCUACCAUCAACCCAGCGAGGGAAGUCAUCUGUCAGGUUGCAGAGGCUGAUGGGGCAGAUGUGGACAAGGCGGUGAAAGCAGCACGUGAUGCCUUCAGGUUGGGGUCACCGUGGCGACGGAUGGACGCCUCUCAUCGCGGCCUGCUUCUCAACCGAUUGGCCGAUGCCAUUGAGAGGGAUUCUGCCUACCUUGCUGAACUGGAGACCCUUGACAAUGGGAAGCCAUACACCAUCUCCUACGCUGUGGAUCUGCCCACCGUGGUGAAAUGUUUUAGGUACUACGCAGGCUGGGCUGACAAAUGGGAGGGAAAGACCAUCCCCAUCGACGGAGAUUAUUUCUGCUACACCAGACAUGAACCCAUCGGAGUCUGUGGACAGAUCAUACCGUGGAACUUCCCUCUGUUGAUGCAGGCCUGGAAACUUGCCCCUGCCCUGGCGACUGGUAACACUGUGGUGAUGAAAGUGGCAGAGCAGACGCCGCUCACAGCACUCUAUGUGGCCAACCUCAUUAAAGAGGUGGGUUUUCCUGAAGGUGUUGUGAAUAUCUUGGCGGGCAUGGGACCAUCAGCCGGCGCUGCCAUCGCAGGGCACAUGGAUGUUGACAAGUUGGCCUUCACCGGAUCCACAGAGGUCGGUCAUCUGAUCCAGCAGGCGUCAGGCAGCAGUAACCUGAAGAGAGUCACUCUGGAGCUGGGAGGAAAGAGUCCGAAUAUCAUCCUGUCUGACGCCAACAUGGAAGAUGCAGUGGAGCAGGCCCACUUUGGGCUGUUUUUCAACCAAGGCCAGUGUUGCUGUGCCGGCUCCCGAACCUUUGUCCAAGCAGACAUCUACGACGAGUUUGUGGAGCGCAGCGUAGAGCGAGCUCGGAAACGAGUGGUGGGAAACCCCUUUGACUUGAAGACCGAGCAGGGACCUCAGGUGGAUCAGGAGCAGUUCAACAAGAUUCUGGGCUACAUCAGCAGCGGGAAGAGAGAGGGAGCCAAGCUGAUGUGUGGAGGAGGAGUGGCUGCGGACAGAGGAUACUUCAUCCAACCUACUGUGUUCGGAGAUGUCCAGGACAACAUGACCAUUGCCAGGGAGGAGAUCUUUGGUCCAGUGAUGCAGAUCAUGAAGUUUAAAACACUGGAGGAGGUGGUGACGAGAGCCAACGAUACUAAAUACGGUCUGGCCGCCGCUGUGUUUACUAAGGACAUCGAUAAGGCCAACUAUGUCUCCAACGGGCUCCGCGCCGGAACAGUCUGGGUCAACUGUUACGACGUGUUUGCUGCUCAGGCUCCGUUCGGAGGUUACAAGUCUUCCGGUAACGGCAGAGAGCUCGGAGAGUACGGAUUGGACAACUACACUGAAGUCAAAACGGUGAUCAUCAAGGUACCGCAGAAGAAUUCGUAGACUUGUGCAGUGAGCACUGUCACACCGUCCACCCAUCUUAACAUACCACCUGAUUCAACAUAAUCAAAACUAUGAAAACAUAAUCUCUAUUUGUAAACUGUGACAUUUAUACAUUUUCAUAAUAAAUGCAUUUAAGCUUG